AUGCCCCUGUCCCGUCGGGAGCCGCCCUUGCCUGGCAGGCUGGCACCUGCCUUCCCCCUCCUGCUGCUGCUGGGCGCUGCCCGCGCGCUGCCCCGCCAGCCCGGGGACUCCCAGGAGGUGGUGCCGGUGCGGAUCCCAGACCCGCGGGGCGGAGAGCAGGUCUCCUUCUGCCUCUCCGCCUUCAGCCGGGACUUCGUGCUGCAGCUGGUGCCCGAUGCCCGCUUCCUCGCCCCCGGGCUGAAGAUCCAGCGCCUGGGCCGGCCGGGCCCGCGGGCGGAGGAAGACGAGGCGGGGCUGAGGAAAUGCUUCUACUCCGGGACCGUCAACUCGCAGCCCGGCUCGCUGGCGGCCGUCAGCCUGUGCCGGGGCAUCCGCGGCUCCUUCCUGGUGGACGGGGACGAGUACCUCGUCCAGCCCGCAGCCCGCAGGGGCGGCGAUCCCCUGCUGCAGCUGCACCGGCUCCAGAGGAGGCGGGCGCCCGAGCCUCCCGAGCCCGGGAGCGAGCUGCCCGUGGGGACCAGCAGCCGAGCCAAGCGGUUCGUGUCCGCGGCCCGCUUCGUGGAGACGCUGCUGGUGGCGGACGCGUCCAUGGUCCAGUUCUAUGGGGAAGAGCUGAAGAACCACAUUCUGACCUUGAUAUCAGUGGCCGCUCGGAUCUACCAGCACCCUAGCCUAAAGAACUCCGUCAGCUUGGUGGUGGUGAAGGUGCUGGUUGUGGAGGAUGAGAAGGCCGGGCCGGAAGUGUCUGACAAUGGAGGGCUCACGCUGCGCAACUUUUGCAACUGGCAACAGAGCUUCAACCCCGCUAGUGACCGUCACCCAGAGCACUACGACACUGCUGUCCUGCUGACUAGACAGGACUUCUGUGGGCACCAGAGUUGCGACACUCUGGGAGUGGCUGACAUCGGCACCAUGUGUGACCCCAACAAAAGCUGCUCUGUGAUUGAAGAUGAGGGUCUCCAGGCUGCCUACACCCUGGCUCAUGAACUAGGACACGUGCUCAGCAUGCCCCAUGACGACUCCAAGACCUGUGAGAGGCUCUUUGGGCCCCUGGGAAAACAUCACAUGAUGGCUCCUUUCUUUGUCCACUUGAACAAGACCCUGCCCUGGUCCCCCUGCAGCGCCAUGUACCUCACAGAGUUUCUGGACGGGGGACAUGGUGACUGUCUGCUUGACGCGCCAGCCGAACCCAUUGUCCUCCCCACAGACCUUCCAGGCCAACUCGCCAUGUACGACCUGGACCGCCAGUGCCAGCAGAUCUUCGGCAAGGAGUUCCGGCACUGCCCAAACACAACGGACGAGGACAUCUGUGCGCAGCUGUGGUGCAGAAUGGACACCAGGGAGCCCCUAUGUCACACCAAAAAUGGCAGCUUGCCGUGGGCAGAUGGUACACCCUGUGGAGCAGGCAGGCUGUGCUGGGAUGGCAGCUGCGUGGCACAAGAUGCGAGGAAGCCCCAGCCCAUGGUGGAUGGGAACUGGGGCCCCUGGAGCCCGUGGGGAGCCUGUUCCAGGACGUGUGGAGGAGGAGUGCACUUCUCGUACCGGGACUGCAAUGACCCCGCACCUCAGAAUGGUGGAAAAUACUGCGAGGGUCAGAGAGCCAAAUAUCAGUCAUGCCGCACAGAGGAAUGCCCGCCGGACGGGAAGAGCUUUAGAGAGCAGCAGUGCGCAAAGUACAACAGCUACAACUUCACAGAUCUGGACGGGAAACUGCUGGAGUGGCUCCCCAAGUAUUCCGGGGUGUCCCCCCGGGACCGUUGCAAGCUCUUUUGCCGAGCCAGAGGGAGGAGCGAAUUCAAAGUAUUUGAGGCCAAAGUGAUCGAUGGGACGUUGUGUGGGCCAGAGACCCUCUCCAUCUGCGUCCAUGGGCAGUGCAUCAAGGCUGGCUGUGACCACGUGGUUGGCUCCUCCAAGAAGCUGGACAAGUGUGGGGUGUGCGGUGGCAAUGGGUCGACAUGCAGAAAAAUAUCUGGCUCGCUCAACAGAUCCAAGUAUGGAUAUAAUGACAUUGUCACGAUCCCUGCUGGAGCUACCAACAUUGACAUCAAACAACGCAGCCACCGAGGGGUCCGUCACGAUGGAAACUACCUGGCUUUGAGAACCCUGGAUGGCAAGUACCUCCUGAAUGGAGACUUUGCCAUUUCAGCCAUGGAGCAAGACCUCCUGGUGAAGGGGACAAUCCUGAAGUACAGCGGCUCUCUGACGACCCUGGAGCGGCUCCAGAGCUUCCGGCAGCUUCCGGAAUCUCUCACUGUCCAACUGCUGACCGUCUCCAGUGAGGUCUUCCCGCCCAAGGUGAAGUACACUUUCUUCCUCCCCAAGGACAUCCCCUUUAGCAAGCAGAAGGUCAAGGAAAAGAAAUCAGCCAACAUCAUCCAGCCCAUGCUGACCUCGCAGUGGGUUAUGGGAGACUGGUCCGAGUGCUCCAAAACCUGCGGCUCUGGCUGGCAGAGGCGAACGGUGGAAUGCCGGGAUGUGGAGGGCCAGGCCUCCACCACCUGCGACAAGGCUCUGAAGCCUGAGGACAUCAAGCCCUGCGGCGACCUCCCGUGCCCCAUUUGGCGCGUCGGCCCCUGGUCGCCGUGCUCCCGAACUUGCGGCGAGGGAGUGCGGACGCGGAGCGCCGCCUGCAUUGACUACGCAGGAAAGAUCGUAGCCCCUGAGAAAUGCAGCUCGCCCCCGCCCCAGGCAGCGACCGCCGCCUGCGUACUGCAAGAAUGCUGA